CAGGAAGAAAAAAAAUGGGAGAGGCAAAUGUCAAUGAUAUAUGCAUAGAGAGCCUGGUGCAGAAACAGGAAGCACAUGAGCAGAGGGAGGAGUCGCAAGAGGAGAAGCGUCAUGGCAAAUAAAACUCCACUCCCCUCCCAGCUGAGAGCAUCCAUUUACUGAGCAGCAGAUGCUCGCUCCUUCACUGGAUGAGCUCGUACUCAGCAGUAGCAGAAAGAGAAACAGCGUUAAGUGUUUUGGAGCUCUACUGGAUUUAAAUUACAGCACUGAGGCUAUAGCGUAACCUUCCCACAAUCAGAAUGUAUGGAGAGGAUUUUGGUGCCGAGCUUGGGAGAAAUAUUCAAAUUGGAUAUAUUUAAUCCCUGACGAGAAUAUAUAUAACAAAAUAAGGUGAUCCUGCCUUUUGCUGUGUGAAAACAUUCUGGGGACCUUCAAAAGAAUUUCAGCUGAUAAUUAGCUAAGAAUUGCUAAGGGAACCUGCAGGCUUUCUCCACUUUAUCCACCCACGUGGUUCAGACUGAAAGUUUGAGAGAUGACCACCAUGCAAAAGCUGCUGCAGCUGCCGGUGAACGCGGUGAACAUCGUGAAGACGGUGCAGAGUCAGGUCCAAGGCCAGGAGGAGGACAAGAGCCCCGUGCUGAGCCCUGACAGUGGGCAUCAGGCUUGGUACAGUGCCCUCCAGCCUGAUGAGUUACGCCACCUUCGAUCUGGAGGGUCAUCUGGAGGAGGAGGAAGUGGAAGUGGUGGAGACCAAGAGGAACGACCCACCCUGGAGGACGGAGGUGGUGGCAGUUUUCAAACUCAGCUACUGCGACAUGAUGACUUGAAAGAGAUGUUGGACAGUAACAAAGACUCCCUGAAGCUGGAGGCAAUGAAGCGGAUUGUGGCUAUGAUUGCACGUGGCAAAAAUGCAUCAGAUCUCUUCCCAGCUGUGGUGAAAAAUGUGGCGUGUAAAAACAUUGAGGUAAAGAAGCUCGUUUAUGUCUACUUGGUGCGUUACGCUGAGGAACAACAAGAUCUUGCCUUACUCUCUAUUUCUACCUUUCAACGUGGAUUAAAG